AUGUCAAAAUGGGAGGUUGUGGGAGGUGCCGAUAAAGGAGGCAUCUUAGUGCGAAAGGGCCAAGACUUGAAGUCGGAGCAGUUGGCGGACCGACUUUCCACUGGUUCACUGGGCUCAAUAGUCAAUCCAUGCCGUAGGACCAUGGGCUGCAAAGCAGACGUUUCCGGCAUCAUUAAAGCAGAGUUUGAUCUCUGCGUAUUGCCGAGCGCAGAAGCCAUGAAGAAGUUGGGAACGCCGAAGGCUGUGCGCAACUUCUUCGAUGGAGGCAAUCGCAGAGGGGAAAUUGGUGAGUUCAAGGAGGAGCUUAACCACAACAACAAAGAUCGAAAGAAGGAGGCCCUGAAGAAGGUCAUUCAAGCAAUGACCUUGGGCAACGACGUCUCGUCGCUUUUUCCAGAUGUUGUCAAAUGCAUGCAGACCAACAGCUUGGACCUCAAGAAAUUGGUCUACCUGUAUGUGAUCAACUAUGCCAAGGCGCAGCCAGACUUGGCAAUCCUCGCCAUCAAUGCUUUCCGCACGGAUGCGAACGACCCGAACAAUCCUCUUCUGCGUGCUCUGGCGGUGAGGACCAUGGGCUGCAUCCGCCUGGAGAAGAUGACAGAGUACCUGAUCGAUCCCCUGCGGAGGAGUUGCAGAGACAUGGACGCUUGGGUUCGCAAAACUGCGACCAUUUGUAUUGCCAAGCUCUACGACAUCAACCCAGAGCUGGUGGAAGAUCAAGGCUUUCUGGACAUCUUGAGGGACAUGCUCGGAGAUUCGAAUCCGAUGGUCGUUGCCAAUGCAGUGGCCUCCCUUGGUGAAAUCUCCACGUCUGCGCGCAAGAACUAUCUGAAGCUCGACGAGGAGGUGAUCUCCCGGCUUCUUCCGGCCCUCAACGAGUGCUCCGAAUGGGGGCAGGUCUUCAUCUUGGACGCGUUGGCUACCUACGAUCCACCGAACUCAAAGGUGGCAGAAGCCAUCUUGGAAAGAGGUGUCAUUGCUCGACUCACUCAUGGCAACAGUGCCGUGCUUCUGUCGGCCGUCAAGGUGAUCAUGAAGUUCAUGGACCGCCUGUCCAGCAACGACUUAGUGCGGACGCUGUGCAAGCGAAUGACAGCACCGCUGGUCACCAUGCUGUCCGCAGAACCAGAGAUUCAGUACGUGGUGAUGCGCAACAUCAACCUGAUCGCACAGAAGCAACCCAACAUUCUGCAGACGGAUGUGCGAAUGUUCGUGUGCAAAUACAACGAUCCGCUCUACGUAAAGUUGGAGAAGAUAGCUGUGAUGGUGCAGCUGGCCUCCGACCGGAACAUUGACUCCGUCCUCUCCGAGUUUGUCGAGUAUGCCUCGGAGGUGGACAUCGAAGUCGUCCGCCAGUCGGUCCGAGCGAUUGGCCAGGCGGCAAUUAAGCUGGAACGAUCUGCAGAGCAAUGUGUGAAUUGCUUGCUGGAGCUGAUCAAGACUCGGGUCAACUACGUGGUUCAGGAGGCCAUCGUGGUUAUCCGGGACAUUUUCAGGAAGUAUCCGGGCCAGUACGAGAUGAUCAUCUCCGAGCUGUGCCAAAACCUGGAUAGCCUGGAUGAGCCCGAUGCCAAGGCAUCCAUGAUCUGGAUCGUCGGGGAGUAUGCCGAAAGAAUCGACAACAGCGGGGAUCUCCUGGAGACCUUCCUGGAAACCUUCCACGAGGAGCCCUCCACCGUACAGCAGCAAAUCCUCACUGCGACGGUGAAGAAGUUCGUGAAGAGCCCUCAGGACUCUCGUGAGCUUGUCGGGCGUGUUCUGAAGCUGUGCACGGACGAAAGCACCAACCCUGACCUGCGAGACCGUGGAUGGAUGUACUGGAGGCUUCUUAGCAACAACCCACAGCUAGCGAAGCAGGUUGUCCUCAGUGAAAGGCCGACCAUCAGCGAAAACUCCUUUGCUCUACAGCCGCGGGUGCUGGACCGCCUCAUUGCGAACAUCUCAACGCUGGCAUCCGUCUACCACCAGGUUCCCGAGGCCUUCUGCGACAACAACCGCGGAGCUCGGCAGGUGGAAGAGAACGAUGAGUUCGAGGACUACUCCGAAACCAUCGAGCGCGUCGAGCAAGAGAUCCAGCAGACGGGAAGGUACGAAGAGGAGUCCGGCGAUGAGGCAAGCGAGGACAGCAGCGCGAGCUCGAGCAGCGGGGACACCCCCGACCGCAACAAGAGAGGUGCCCCGCCGGCCGCUGCGUCAAGCGCCGGAGCUGGCGCCGCAGGCGCCGCAGGCGCCGCAGGCCCUCCUCCGCCGCUGCGCGCUCUGGCGCAAGUGCUCUCGGAGCAGACUCCGGGAGAGGGCGGCAAGCGAGGUCUCCGAGUGGCUGCAGCUGUUGUUCGCGGCAACGGCGGGGCCAUAAACAUGCAGCUGAUGGUCGGGAACUUCACCCCCCAACCCAUGGGCGGCUGGGCUGUGCAGUUCAACAAGAACCCUUUCGGCUUGGCACCUCCCAGCGGACCGCUGCAGAUGGAGCAGGUGGCACCGAACGGAACGGCCAAAGCGCUGCUCCCCCUGACCCCCAACAAGCUGCAAGGUACACCGCCAGCGCUACCGCUUUACUUAGAAGUAGCGAUAAAGUCCAGCGUCGACAUUUUCUACUUCAACGUGCCCUACGACUUGUCAGCGGUAUUGAUGGACAGUGGGCCGGUUCCAAAAGACGACUUCCAGCGGGUCUGGCAGAACCAGUCCGUGCAGAAGGCGAUGUCCCAGGGAGCCUUCGCGCAGAGAGUGACGCCAGAGAUGGCUGCUGCAAGGUUGCAGCAGUACUUCUGCUAUGUGGUUGUGAAGACCCAGGGCCAGGAGGCGGAUUCGCUUUACAUCAGCUGCACCACCACCAACAAGCUGACGGUUUACUGCGAGCUGAGCUUGCAGAAAGGAGGACCUGGAGUGAGGGCCCAGUGCUGCUCUGAGCAGCCUGUGAUGGUGCCCCUCUUUCAGAGCUUCCUCUCAGAGCUGCUGCAGGUGAAGUGGCAGCAGGGUGGUCCUCCUGCGGUCGAAGAGCUGAAGCUCGCGGGCGAACGCCUGCACUACAAGCGCCUGACAGGUACUGGGCCGGAAGAGGGCUGGAUAAGCCUGAAGGUUAGCGGCAAGGAGCUGGUAGUCAGGAAAGACGAGGACGACACUCCCCCGGAAGACGUGGGUGGACCUGGAGACGCCGCAGGACCGGUUGAGACUGAUGCCGGCCUCAAGAGCAAAAUUGAAGCCGACUCGAAGGCCAAGAAAGACGAGGGGGCACUUCAGCUGUACUGCAUGAAGUACAAGGUCCUCGGCUUCCCCUUGGACAAGCCCAAACUGCGAAUUCUGUGCUUCCACAAUGCUGGCAGUGCAGAGUCCAUCUACACAGGGCCUGGCACUCCUUUCAUCAGCUGGAUCAAGGAGAGCAAGCAGAUCGAGCUUCUGGCCUUCGACUACCCAGGGCGAGACAAGCUCCUGAAGGCCACGAAGCACACGACCACGGAGACCCUCGCUCCGGACCUCCUCGCCGUGGCCCACGAGAAGCUCACGGACGGUGUGCCUUACUUGGUGUGGGGCCACUCCGUCGGAACUUGGGUGGGCUUUGAGUUUCUGAUGCUCUGCCGAAAGGUGGGCAUUCCCAUGCCCUUGGCCGCCUUCUUCGUGACGUUCCCGGCCCCCCACUAUCCAGAAGCCAAGCGACCCUGGCGGCGAAAUGCCAGGCUGAGCGACUCGCAGUUUCAGGAGGAAGUGAGGGCCUGGGACAAGGAGCACUUCGGCGGCGCGGCCAAGGUGGUCUUCGAAGAGAGCUGGAAGGACACCUGGGAGCCGAUGAUGCGCGCCGACUUCAAGCUUUUCGACGAGUACAAGUUCCGCCAUGCGGGAGCACCCAAGUUCGACUUUCCACUCCACUGCUGGUGGUGCGAGGGUGAGCAUUUCAUCAAGCCCGAGAUGGUGCAGGCCUGGAAGGACUGGACCGCCGGGCCCUUCGACUACCAGGAGCUGAAGGGAGCGGGUCACCUCACGGCGUUCUACAAACCAGACCUGAAGAAGGCGUAUUUCACGAAGGUCACGGAUCUCAUGAAGAGCUAUGCCGGCUUGUAG